UUUCUCCUUCCUCUCUUUUUUCAAGGUGCUGGUACCGGGAUAGCCUAUACUCCAGCAGUGGUUAUAGUCGCCCAGUACUUCAAGAAAUAUUACUCCGUGGUGAUUGCCCUUGUUACCACAGGAGAUAGCAUAGGAAUAAUGAUGUUUGGUCCUUUGAUGCAGAUGUUACUGGAUGCGUACGGUUGGAGAGGAACGUUACUUGUAACUGGCGCCAUAACCGCUAACAUUUGCUUGGCUGGGGCAGUCUGCCGUUCAAAUCGGCGCCCUCUCCAAGCCACGGAGAAUAGACAAGUGAAUAAGCACGGCAACCCCGAAGGGGAACUGCAGACAAUUUCUCGUAGAAUACAAGCGUCUACUAACUCACCGGUGACGACUGAACAAAGUGCUGAGGGUAGAAGCCCACACUGUGUAGUGGUUUGCUUGUCCGGGGCGGUCAAGGUGUUCAGACUGAAGUUGCUCUGGCAAAGUUACCGCUUUUCGGCGCUCUGCUUCGCACAGUGUGCCUUUGUUUUCUCUCUCGGCUGCUACCUUGUUUAUCUCAUCCCACGCGCUACGUCCUCAGGUAUACCCGCUCAGGAGGCCUCCUUUCUCCUCAGUGUGGUUGGUAUCAGUGGUCUAGUAGGACGCCCAUUCUGCGGACUUAUCAACCACAAGGUGUCGUCAGAGAUCAUUUUUGACGCGUCUAUGUUCACCAGUGCCUGUGCUGUCCUGGUGGCGCAGUUUGGCACGUAUGGGUACUUUAUGUUCUCCGCCGCCUUGUUCGGAUUAGCGAUUGGCUUCCAGCGCACCAUCACUCCUGUCCUCGUGCGGGAAUACGUCGGCCUGGCUAAUUUAGGGUCGGCAGUGGGACUUUACUCUGGCAUCGGGGGCGUAGUUGAUUUAAUCGGCCCUAUUUUAGCAGGAGCCAUCUACGAUGUCACGGAAAGCUAUACUGUUCUGUUUUACAUCUUCGCAGGAGUUUUCGCCCUUGGGUUUCUGGCGAUGUUGUUGGCACCUCUGCUGAAGAGAAUUGAGCCUGGUGUGCGCGAAGGUUGAAUUC